UUUUAAGUAUUCCUAUUCAAUCAGUACGUUCUAUUCUACAUAUACUCUCAACCAUACUCAUCUCAAUUAUGUCCCCGCAGUGCAGAAUUGGCAUAAUGGUGGACAUCUCCUUCGUGCUCACAAGAUUCCCUCAAGCUCAAAUAACCCAGAGAGCGGUGUCGUCACAUCUCUAGCGCUAGAUGAAGACUGGGUCGUCGUUGGCCUCGCAAAUUGCCGAAUACAUGUGUUCAGCGCGCGCACCGGAGUGCUCGCUCGAACGCUUGUGGGACAUGAACUGGGUGUGUGGGCAGUAUGUUUGGUACAUAAGGGUGGCUAUAUGGAUGGACCUGGUCGCGUCAGCAAAUUCCCAGACGGCGGUGGUGCAACGAAGAAUGGGAAGAGACGAAAGAGGAGGGAUGCUUUCCCUUCAGGGAAGGGAGAGGAGAUAGAGGAAGACAAUCUCUCUUCGACCCAUCGCCGUCCUGAAGCCCGAUCUCGACGCAGCGAAGGCGAUAUCGACAUGAUCCAUUCCAAUUUGCCUGACUGGACUAUCGGCGGACCUACGACAAAUCACCCCAAUGCGAACGCCAACGCCGCAGGUGCGGAUCCUCCACUCCAUCAGUUUGUCCCGUCGUCAUUGAGGAUCGCGCUCGGUCUGAAUCCUGAUAACGACAGCAAUGAUGCGGAUAACAUCAAGUACGAAGAAGAAAAGGAGAGAGGAGACUGGGGCGAUCAAGAUUGGGAACAGCGUAGCGGUUGCGAUGUGUUCGACGAAGAUGCGGAAGUGGAUGAUCAUAACAUGGAUAUUGAAGGUGGCCCAGACGAUAGCAGUAGGCAACGAUCUCGAUAUCCAGGUAAACCCAGCGGAGUAUCAGGAUCGUCAGAAGGAUGGGGUCAACCAGGCGCCUUGGUAGUAAGCGGUGGAUGUGAUAAAUCUGUUCGUGUAUGGGAUAUUCGAUCUGGGUAUUGUAUCUAUGUUCUCCGUGGUCACACUUCCACCAUCCGGUGCAUCAAGGUCCUGCACAAUCGACCCAUAGCCGUGUCCGGGAGUAGGGAUAAUACACUCCGAGUCUGGGACGUCCAACGAGGUCGUCCGUUACGAAUACUUGCUGGACAUACGGCCAGCGUUAGAUGCUUGGACGUUUGUGGUAAUCGUGUCGUUAGCGGGAGCUAUGACCAUACGUGUCGACUCUGGGAUGUAGACACAGGCGAAUGCAUACAUGUGCUUCGAGGACACUUGCAUCAAAUAUACUCAGUCGCGUUCGAUGGAGUUCGGAUAGCUUCAGGAGGGUUGGACACCACUGUUCGAGUAUGGGAUGCUGAGACUGGAGAAUGUAAAGCCACUCUCCAAGGUCAUACAGCCCUCGUGUGCCAGCUUCAACUCUCCCCCACAAUGCUCGCCACAGGUGGAUCUGACGGGCGCGUCAUCAUGUUCUCCUUACCGUCAUCAAACUCGAGCCAUCCCUGUUCUCAACAAUAUAAACCUCAACACCAUCAGUACACCCAAUUCCAAGUUCUCCACCGCAUAGCCGCGCAUGAUUCUUCCGUGACUGCGCUCCAAUUCGACCACCGGUUCCUCGUUACGGGUGGGAACGACGGUCGGGUAAGGCUGUUUGAGACGCAGACGGGAAAUUAUGUGAGGGAUUUGAGUGAGCCGAGUGAGAGUGUGUGGAAGGUGGCGUAUGGACCCGGGGCGGAGGUUUGUGUGAUCAUGUGUAAGAGGCAGGGGAGGACGAUCAUGGAGUUUUGGAGCUUGAAGCCGAGGGAGGAGUGGGAGGUGGAGAGGGACAGAGAGAGGGAGAAGGAAAAGGAGCGAUUAAGGAUGGAGGAAGACAGGAAUAUGGGACCUGUGCUCGACUGUUGAACGUACAUAUCUAAGUCUAAUGUGCUCAAAUUGCAAUUUGUUUGUUAUGAUUUAGGCCUCCUGACUGAAAUGAAUCGCGUUGGAGAUGUGCGUGUACUUGACUCUCGUAUGUAGGUUACUUCGGCCCAAGUCGAAAAUCCUUACAAAAAGCAUCCUCAUAAACAAACAAACAAAAAAGAACAACAUUUGACCACCGCAGGACUCGAACCUGCAACCUUUUGGUACGUCCAGCAAUCGAAGCCAAACGCGC